AUGGAAUUCCUUUUCUUCAACACAUUAGGAUUGAUUAGUGCAUCUCAACCUUCUACGGCAGUGCUAAGAGCUGAAUUCGCAGAGAAACAGGCUAAGUUAAAUAAUCUGAAGCAGCAGAUUGAUCAACUUAAGAAUUCAAUUGGUCCGGAAUACAUGGAACUCAUUCCAAUCAAAAAGAAGCUUGAUGACAUUGAUAAUGAAAUUUCCAAACUUACACCUAUUGAACAAGGGCUGGGGACGACAAAACAGAAUUUGGCGGCGAAGCAAGCAGCAUUAGCAACGAAAACCCAGAAGCUUGCUACAUCACAGAUUGAACUUACUACAAUCAAUAACAAAAUAAUAACACUAAGUGCAACUAGGGGUCAAUUAGAUGCUGAAAUCAUUGACACAAAUAACGAUAUUUCUGCAGCUCUGGCAGUAAUUGAUUAUGAUUCUAGAGUGUUUAACAAUGUUAUUCACAAUCAACAAAUCAAAGAGAAGAGUGAUGCUAUUGCAAACCUGACAGCUGACAAGACAAGCCUUGAAACAGAAUUAAAAAACAUCGCAAGCAAAAUUGAGGCAAAGAAGACUGAGGAAGCAACAGAUCAAAAGACAUUUGAUGAUGCAACAACGACAUUGAAUGUAACAAAAAAGGCGAUCCAGGAUAAAACUGCAGAAAAGAAUACGUUAGCAGCACUGAUUGAUGGACAAGAUGACAGUUUCACACAUGACGGAAAGACUAAGGCUGAAAUUGAUUGGAACAGACGAAAACAGCAGAUGAGGCUACACUUACUGCAGCCCAGACCAAACUGA